ACAGCUGUUUAACCAAAACAGGAAGGGAUGCCACCUUUAGUUGGGGCUGAGUUGGUCCACACUCCAUUGCAACUCUAUCGAUACCUGCUUAGAUGCUGCAGGCAGUUACCGUCCACAGCAAUGCAGCAACACUAUCAACAUGCCAUAAGACAGGGUUACAACAGCCACUCAGAUGAAGAUGACCCAGAGAGGAUACAAAUGAUCAUCCAAAGGGCCAUUGCAGAUGCUGACUGGAUUCUUAAUAAAUAUACCAAGAAGAAAUGAGCAGCAUAAGAUGAGGGUGUCCACAGGUGGUACAUUUUGCAGGGUUGUACUUUAAGUAACACUGGUAAAUAUGCUGUUUUUUGGGGGGGUGAUGACUCUUGCUGUAAAUACUGUUCUCAGAC